AUGCAUCUACUACCAUUACAGAAUCAAAAUAACUCCAGAGCAUUAAUGCCCGGGUCGCGACGUGGCUUGGUUGCACCUCAAAAUACCUUCCUUGACUCAAUCGUCCGUAAAUGCAGUGGUGCCCAAAGAAAAAUAGUCACAGACGAUGAUAAGAAUAGAUUGGAAAGAAUGUUGGAACACACUCAAAUCAUUCGAUUAAUCUUACUUCUAAAUGAACCGCUUUAG